AUGCCCACCUCAUACCUACUACUUGUGAAGCAACACGAAGGGGAAACCUUGAGAAAGUAUGUGAAACACUUCAACAAGGCAGUACUAGAAAUUGAUGAAUCUGAUGAUCAGGUGAUAAUGACGACCAUCCAAGUAGGGUUGAACAAUCCUGACCUCAUUUUUUCUCUAGGGAAGACCCCUCCAACCUCGAUGACAGAUUUGUUGUUCAAAGCACAAAAUUAUAUGAAUGGAGAAGAUGCACUGAUUGCAAAAGGACUGACGAGCAAGCAAAAGAAAGAAGAGAGGGCUGAGUCCCAGGGCAAGAAGAGGGAUCACAAAGAUAAUCUCUCAGAAGCCAAGGCCAAGAAAAUUGGUCCAGAGGCGUCAUCAAAGAAAAAGUUGAAUUUCACUCCUUUGCUGAUGCCUGUGGACAAAAUCCUCAUGCAAAUAAAGGACGACCCUACAUUGAAAUGGCCUAAACUAUUGAGUUCAUCCUCAAAGCUGAGAGAUUCAAAGAAAUAUUGCCGCUUUUACAAGGAUCAUGGUCAUUAUACUGACGAAUGCUGGGAUUUGAAAGAACAGAUAGAGGAGUUAAUCCAGAGGGGAAAACUCCAAAAAUUUGUCAAAAAGACUAUCAAAGCCACCACCAGACGAAAGAGAAGUCCACUGACGACCACAAGGAAGAAGAUCGAGACAAUCCCAAAUAGGUCGUAG